AUGUCUCCUAAUACAGUCUCGCUAUUACCCUCAUAUGAUGGACUCAGCCUUUCUGACAAGGAGAGAAUCAAAUUAAGGAAACCCUUGGUGGAGAAGAUGCGGCGAGAUCGCAUCAACAGCUGCAUCGAGCAGCUCAAGUCCCUGCUGGAGACGGAGUUCCACAGCCAGGACCCUAAUGCCAAGCUGGAAAAGGCUGACAUCCUGGAGAUGACCGUCAGCUUCCUCAAGCGCCAGCGCCUGCAUCUGGGACCGCUUGGCGUCGGCGUCGGCUCACUCGGCCAGAGGGACUACGACUCCUGCGAUGGCUACUCCUCCUUCCCUCCUCCUCAGCCCUGGAGUAAGGAGUCCGAUGUGGUGUGUGGCUCUGGAUCUCCAUCUGAGAUGGUCGUCAUGACUACUGGCUCCAGUCAGAGUCAAGCGAGGACAAGGAUGAGGAGUCUCAUCAGUGAACCUCACAGCCCUCCCAGGUCUCCCCGCCGGGACAUUGUCCUCUCCUCCUCCUCGUCCUACUCCUCCUCCUCCUCUUCCUCCUCUUCGCCCUGUCCAUCUCCCUCUUCAGACUUGUCUAUGUCUCCUCCUGUCAUCACCAAACACAACUUAGUCAGUGUGAUCCACCAUGCGGCAGGCAGGAGGUGCAUGUGGCGACCCUGGCAGUAAGGAUGAUGGACAGGACACUGGAGGGACUUUAAUAUAAAC